AUGUCUUUGGCAAUCACGUUUUAGUCACGCAUGAUCCACAGGCAAUAGAGCACUGCUCUAUAGAUCUUGUAGGUAUACUUUAGUAUAGUUAAAACGAGGUAGCCAUGCUAUUUAACGUGGCACCGCUAUUGGACGGCAGAAACCAAGCUGGGGUUAUUCUAGCCGUUUUCUUGGGUUAUUACAUCAAGCGACGUUUCUUCACAUCCAAAAAGCGCUCUAUUAAAUGGAAGAACCCCUUUGCUCAAGACUCUAGGUCCCCCUUGACUCCACUGGUUACUGAACAAGAGAAACGUGAUGAAAUCUUGAAGAAAGCCUUUACCAAACAGCUUGCCACUGAACACCAAUGGGAUGCUAUAGUUAUUGGAAGUGGCAUGGGAGGUCUCUCCAGUGCAGCCCUGCUCAGUAAAGCAGGUCUUAAAGUCUUGGUUCUUGAGAAGCACGGCAAAUGUGGUGGCGCUUGUCACAUCUUUAAAGCAGAAGGCUAUGAGUUUGAUGUUGGAAUUCACUAUGUUGGGAAUCUUACCCGUCACACCCUUAAUAAAACUUUGUUGGAUCAAAUUAGCGAUGGACAAAUCCAGUGGGCUCUACUUGAAAACAAUUUCGACCGUGUGAUUGUCGAUGCCAUGUCUCCAACGCAACGCGAAUACAAUAUUCCGUCCGGUCGUGGUGUUUGGAAAAAUCAGCUGAUUGAGCAAUUUCCCGAAGAGCAAAAAGCCAUCGAAACUUUUUUCUCAAUGGUCAACAAAGUGACCCGUCAAACCAAAGCCUGGGUUAUGGUCAAAGUGAUUCCCAUCUGGCUGGUCAAAUUGAUAAGCCUGUUUGGCUUACCGCGUUUUUUGAGCGACUUUUAUGCCCUGGGUGGCCGUACACUCAAAGACGUCAUUGAGAGCUUAACGAAGAACAAGGAUCUACAGCUUCUAUUCGCCUACAGCUGGGGAACCUAUGGCGAGCCACCGAACCGCAGCAGCUUUGCCCUGCAAGCUCUACUUCACGCUCACUAUGAAGACGGGGCUACGUAUCCGAUCGGAGGAGCUUCAGAAAUCCCAUAUCGAAUUGUUCCGGUCAUUGAACGGGCGGGAGGUCGCGUCCUGAUGAAAGCCCCAGUCUCCCAGAUUCUCACAGAAGAUGGGAGGGUGACGGGUGUUCGUGUGGGCAACAAGGAGAGUUCCGCAGUCGAUAUCUUCGCCCCCAUAGUCAUUUCUGAUGCAGGCAUCCACAACACUCUUAUGGACUUGCUUCCGGAAAACAUUGCCAAAACGUCUCCCGCUUGGCCUUUAACCAGUGCAAUGAAACCAGGAAUCGGUUGCUUGAGCGUUUUUAUAGGACUUCGGGGUACGGCUGAAGAAUUGGGCCUCAAAGCCGAAAAUCUCUGGGUCUUUACCGACUCUAGCCUUGAAGAUGGAUUUAACAACAUUUUCGAUGGUAGAACCCUGGAUGAUGUGCUCUACAAGCCUUAUCCAGCCUUUUUCGUAGGGUUCCCUUCUGCCAAAGACCCUUCGUGGGAGAGUCGCUAUCCAGGCCGCAGUACCAUCACGGUCGUGUCGUUCGCCCCGUACUCUUGGUUUGCUCAAUGGUCGGAUUUGACGGUUAAGAAGAGGGGCGAUGAGUACGAUUCGCUGAAAAAUGCCAUCGGUCAACAAAUCAUCGAUCAAAUUACUCAUCUCUACCCCGACCUGAAGAAUGCCAUCGAUUAUUUUAGCGUUGGGACUCCAAUUACUAAUGAGCACUACCUUAACGCCAAAGAAGGUGCCAUUUACGGCCUGGAACACGGCGUCGAGCGUUUCAGCCCGAAACAGGCGUCACUGUUGCGUCCCGAAACCGGCAUCGAAGACGUUGUCGCCAUAUUAUUACGACUGACUCGAGUGCUCAUUUCUUUCAACAACCACUAAAUAACCUUAUACGGUGUCCCAUCCAUCAAUUCAUUCUACCCUCAUCCAGGAUUGUUUCUCAGCGGGCAGGACGUGAUGUGUUCCGGUUUGGUGUCUGCAAUGCUGAGCGGCCUUCUCUGUGCCAGCUCCGUCUUGAAAACUAAUCUUUUCAAUGACCUCAUUCUAUUGCACAAGAAAGUGAAGGCCGCCGCCGCUGCCGCCGCCACGGCUCAAAGCCAACGCAGUAAGGAAGACUAAGUACAUUUCGCCUUCCGGUUGACUAUUUUUGAUUCAUCAUUGUCAAUCGUGAAUAACAGUGCCAUGGUUUUGCAAUUUCUUGGCCAGAAAAAAACAAACAAACUAAAUCACUGCUGUCCUGUUGCGUCACACCAUAUAGUCUGUCUAUUGUUUACUCAACAUAAGAAAUAUAUAUGUACGAACUUA